AUGUCCUUUUUCUCACGAGUGUUCCGGAGCAAGGACUCCAGCGCCAGCAAGAAGGCUGCAAAACAAUCGGCCGCGGAACAAGCCCCGGCGAAACCAAAAUGGACAGAUGCAUAUCAGCGCACUGAGGUUGCGCCGGAAGAGGUGCAGGAAUUGCUCAGGGGAUGCACGCAUGAAUUAAAAUCUCGAGGCCUCGGCAUUCCAUUCCUUUUACUUCCUUUCCGUCCGAGCUCCGAUCCUAGCGCUGCGCGAACGUUUAUUCGAAACUUUUUCAAUGCAGAACAGAAAGGGACCCCACUUCAGGGCGAUGCGCUCAUGCAAGAGUUGCGGUUGACCGAGCCAAUGGUCCUAUGCAGUGUUGUGAAAUGGUGCUGGAGUAGACUCCCUGGAGGAGUAGUCACCUGGGAUGCUUAUGAGCUCUUUAAAGUUGGAGAGCAAGACUCUGACCUCGCCCGCGAUGCUUUCAAUACAUUUAUUCCUAUUAGCGUGGAUUCCGACGCUCGUACCAAAAUUAUUUUUGACUUCUUCGACCUUCUGACCGCCAUUGCCGCCCAUGGUAAAUCAAAUGGAUUGGGUGGAAGGAAACUGUCCAGAUACGCAGGCUGGUGGGCGUUCGAGCACACUGAUACUGGUAACGGGUUUGAGGCUUCUUAUAAGACAUGGGCUCUGGCCGCCGAUGCUACGAGCCAUCUUUUCUUUGCUUACUUGCGCUCUAUUUCUCCAGACUCAAUCCGUGGUAUCAACGGCAUUUCGGCGCUGCCAAUCGCUCUUCAGUCUCUGGUGCAGGCCACUGAAUACCCACCACAGGCUCCAAGUCUGCUUCAAUUUUCGACUACCAAGGUUGUUAUGAUUGUGGAUACAGUCUCCCCGACCCCAUUCGCCUUGCUGCGCCGAGCAAGAAACUUUGAGUACCGUGACAGCGACAAGCACCUCCAGGACUUUUCUGAUUAUGAGGAUCCCGUAAAGGCGUUGACGGACGAAUGUGCUCGAGUUUUGAAAGCCAUUUCCACCACCAAUCAAUCAGCGGUGUCUACGACCAAGACGUCCACCAGCCUCCGUGACGCUUCUUGGUCCCGCUUUGAGGAUAUGGGAUUCGGCGCUUCGAUCGAUUCUGACCAUGAUGACGAUAUUAUCGAAGAGAGGCCAACUGUACAAGAAUUGCGCUCUGCACCUCAGUCCCGUACCAACGAUUUGGGCCGUCCGACAACCCCAUCAUGGGCUGAUUUCUUGUCGUCGGGAUUCGCGGAUGACAAUGCCUCUCGUGGGCCCUCGUCGCUUCUAUUGCCUCCGGAUAAAGUUCUACCACCCAUUGGAAGUGUGCGAGGCCAGAGCUCGCAAUCUCAUAAACGCACAUUAGACACGGAGCCGAAUCUGGAGCCAGGCGAGCUGGCCAGUAUCACAGUUCUCGAUAUCGAUGACUCGUUUUGGUGGGUUUGGAUUAGCAGUCUGUCAGGCGAGGAACCUGCCGCACGAAAGGCUGUCUUUGGACGAUGCGCAUUGCUUGAGACCGUUAUUAGCGGCGCCAAGUGGCUGGUGUUGGAGGAACAGGUCAAAGGUGCUGCUCCAGAACCAGAAGCUGGAGCUUAUAUUGUCGAGAAGAAGCGUUUCUUUGGUUUCUCGACGCGGAAGAAGCUCACUCGCAGCAAAUCUACGGCUAAAGGGCCGAUGUCGAAUCAGCCCUAUAAGUCCGGCAAUGGUAAUGCCACCGCUCUGGUUAGCAAGACCAGCAUUGCCCCAGAUCAGCAUGCACGGAUUCAGGCUGCGGCAGCCGCAUUGCAGAAAAAGCAGCGCGAACAGGAGGAAGAUCAACAGCGUGAAGCUAAUGGACGACGUGCCCGUACCGAUGACACUACUUCGACCAAAACCAAUUCGGUCAUGACACAAUACACUGGUCUAUUAACAGAGGCUUCUUCCGCAAUGAAGUGGGCCAAACACUAUGACAAUCAUUACGACAAGGACCAGUUGCGAUCAGCCUACUUGAGCGAUACUCGUGCUGGAACUGGUGCCCCUGCAGCUUCAUUGCUGUCCUCGAAUGGCAGAGCAAUGUCAAAUGUUUCUGAGAAUCGUUCCGACGUGCAAAAGCCAUCAUCGGCCGACACUGAAAAAGCUGUGCCACUGCCAGCUCCUCCCAAAGCUGGCGCCAAGCCUGCCAACGAUGUUGCCGCAGACGCAGCUACGGUGCCAUUGCCAGAGGCAGCGCAGAACGGCACCGAAGAAAUGAGAAGAGAAUCAUCGGAAGAGCAGGGACACAAGAAGCUGAAAAAGAAGCCCGUCGGUAACUCGGCUUUUAAGGGUAUCUUUAGCAGCACCAAACAGAGGACGGAAGAAAGUCCCAAGAAGGAAAUUGGCAUUGACCCGUCAGCUGUUGCGGCUGCACGUGCUGCUCUCGAGAACAAAGUCAAGUCUCAAGAUGCCUUGCCUACGCCCAAGUCGCACAACACCGGUCGUUUGACCGAGAUCAAGAAGAACCUUGUUCCUGAAGAGCCUUCUGGUUCAAAUCCACGAUCAGAGAAGACAGCAGCGCCAUCCCCCCCAUCUAAGCUGCCAAAGAAGGCUCCCACGACAAAGUCCGCUCCCGUCGCCGCACCUGAGGCUGCGGCGCCCGGAUCACCGACAUACGGACCCCCACGAACUCGUCGCGACGCCGAAUACGACGCUCUGUCUCGAAUUGACACCAACGAGAAAGCGGCAGCAGAACGGGAGUUUUCCUCUUUUGACCAAGGGCCAUUGACCGAUCAACCUGCUUUCGUGCCUUCGGGAGACAGUCCCAUCACCCCUGUCGAAGAGCACUUCCCAGCAACCAAGACUCAGGCUGUAGUGACGAUGACAGAAACUCCUCGUGACGUAGCCACACCGACACCCACGGGUACUGAGAGUGUCGCGACCAGUCCAUACCAGGAUCGAUGGGCACAGAUUCGCAAAAAUGCAGCUGAGCGAGCUGCGGCUGCUACACAAGAAGAAAUUCACAGCCGGACUAGCCAAGCUGAUGAUGGCGACACCAGUGGUGAAGAAACCAUUGAAUCACGAGUCGCCCGAAUCAAGGCUCGUGUGGCCGAGUUGACCGGCAACAUGGAAGCAGCUCGAUAA